AUGGAUACCUCCAACUCAGUGAAAAAAAGGUCAAUGUCAUCAUUCACCGAGGCUUGCUAUAAAGACAAAGACAGUGUCAAAAGGCCAAAGCUUGAGGCGCCUGAUGCAGAGCCCAAUGCAGAGCCCAGAAGGCUAAAGCGUGAGGUGCCUGAUGCAGAGCCAAUGUUCCUACUCCCUCCAUUUCGUCAAACACCAGGCCCCAUCUCCAUUGCACAGUCAUACUUGCGAAAACUGAUUUUGGAGCAUUGGGAGGCAGAAAUAAAGGCCUGCGAGCAAGCAAAGAAAUUGCAACUGUUAGAAAUCGCGCCAGGCCCAGCUCUUACCCUAAUACAAGCAAGCUUGCGAAGACUUGUUGUUGAGCACUGGGAUGCAGAACUGAAGCGUUGUGAGGAGGCAAAGCAGGCGCAAAUGUUAGAGUUACUUCUUGCUGCCCAUGUUGAAACAAUGGGCCAGUCUCCUCUCCAUAAUAGAGACAUAGUCUCCAUAACAGAGUGCAUUCUCAAGGACAUAGUCUCCAUAACAGAGUGUGUUCUUGGACUGCUCCUCCAUAACAGACCAUCAGCGCUGUGGGCAAAGGGUCAGUUACAAAUUGCCCAGGGUAGGGCAAAGGGUACCACUCAAAAUGCCCAGAGUCUAGACCUGUCAAAUUACGAUACACAUCAAAAAGAGCCAGAAAAUAAACUGGAAUCACUUACCAACCAUGCCUCACAGCUGCGGAUUCUGUGGCAAGCCUUUCCCGUCAAAGGGAAGCGUCAAGAAGCAUAUAGCUAUCUGCCCCGAAUUCAACCCAGCAGCAUCAAAAGUCGACGGGUGACGGUUGAAGAUGUGGCCAACAAAGAAGAUGGCAGGCGGUAUUUCGAGCCAUGUCCUGAUGCCAGCUGGACGUUGCAGGAGGGGCAAACUAGUUUUGAAAGGUAUCAGCGAUAUAAGGAGGGUGAAGGCGAAGACGAGUGGGCACCCUUUUGCGACAUGUAUGAGUCGUGUUCUGUUUAUCAGGUCCACAAGAAAAUUAACUUUGGUCCUGGCAGGGAAGAUUGGGGACUUGCAGAAUGGCUUGUUAAAAGCCUCGGGCAGACUCGAACGGAUGAAUUUCUGAAGUUACCGAUAAUGCAAAACCGUAUGAAACCUUCAUUCCACAACAAUCGGUCAUUCCUACAGAAGGUCGAUAAGCUGCCGCACGGACCUGCCUGGAGUUGCAAGAAGGUUAGCGUCAAGGGAAAUCGAAUGGACGAGAAUGGCCAGUCGCUGCAUGAGGAUGUUGAGCUUUGGAUGCGUGACCCUGUGGAGUGCAUCAAGGAUCUUAUUGGUAAUCCUUUAUUCAAGCAACAUAUGGUAUAUGCACCAUCACGAGCGUACAAGGAUGAAGCAGGCGACACAUCUGCAUGGCCCGUUUACCUGUCAAUCGGCAAUAUUGCCAAAGAGAAACGAUGUCAAACAACAGCAUGUGCUACUGUCCUCAUUGGGUACCUACCAGCCACCAAGCUCGACUGCUUCACCUCUGAUGAACGUUCCCUUGCUGGAUACCGACUAUUUCAUCACUGUUUGUCCCUGCUGCUGGAGCCACUCGUUGUGGCUGGUCAGGAUGGUGUAGACAUGGUUUGUGCUGACUCACUGGUUCGACGAGUGUACCCCAUACUUGCCGCCUAUGUUGCAGACUUCCCUGAACAGUGCCUGGUCGCUUGCUGUAAAGAGAACCGUUGCCCUAAAUGUUUGGUUGCAGCUGAUGAGCGGGGCAACCCACUAAAUUCAUUGAUGAGAGACCCGGAUUCGACAAAGGAGACGCUGGAGAGACGGAGGAGUGGUCAGCACCCUGGAGAAUUUGAUGAGCAUGGGCUGCGCGCCGUGUAUAAACCUUUCUGGGCAGACUUACCCCACACAGACAUUUUCAUGGCGUUCACACCCAUCAGCAAACUACCGGUUUUGGAUACAAGAUUCCCACAGCGACACAACUAG